AUGACUUUUAUCAACUCAACCAAAUUAUGCUUCGAUUACAUCUAUGCGGCUCUAAUCACGCCAUGGCUACUCUCACACUUCCUUCUUGAUAUCACCCUCUGCCUCAUCCCAUAUCUUCGACCCUCACAAAAAUGGACCCUCAACCAAGCCGUCCGCGUCCGUCUUAUCCGUCUCGUACUUCUCUACUGGUCACUCACCAAGUACGGGGACCGAUUGAGACUUGAUCCCAAAAGCGAGAAGAAUCGGUUCGAAGUAGUCUCUCCACGAUCGCCCAAGCUCUACAGAGGAAUUCUUUCGGAUUAUGUUGUACGACCUGCGCAGUUGGGAAUGACCUGGACACCAGCACGACCUCCACCUGCGGGACUGGUCAACUCCAAUAUGGUCGUCGCAUUGCACUUCCACGGUGGAGGCUACGUUAUCGGGAAUGGUCGUGACGAAGAUACUGGAUUCCUGGCGAAAACUCUUGUGAGAUAUAUGGGCUGUUCUCAUGUUUGUACACCACAAUACCGCCUCUCGAGUAGCAACAACGGACAGUUUCCAGCCCCUCUUCAGGAUGCCCUCACGGCUUAUCUUGAUCUGAUCAAGAGCAAAGGCAUUCCUGCCAGUCAAAUCAUUCUCUCAGGCGAUUCGGCUGGGGCCAACCUGGCACUGGCAUUGGUACGAUACAUUCACGAACACGGACAAGUUGACGACAUCCCACUCCCCAAAGCGAUGGCUCUUUGGUCACCUUGGGUAGACGUCGCAGCUGCUUUGGAACAGGACGUCAAGCAGUCACCCAACUACAAAACCGACUAUCUGAACAUGUACUUUGCGCGCUGGGGUGCAGCUACCGUCUCCGGCUAUGGAGCAACGGACCCCGCAGGACCAUACCUUUCACCACUACGCAACCCAUUCAGCCUCGAAGAAUCACUUCCGGUAUACGUCAACGCAGGAGGAGGCGAAGUCCUAUGUGCUGAUAUCAAGAACUUCUGCCAACGCUUUGAGAAGCAUGGUUGGAACAUCCACUUGGACGUGUCUGAAGGGUGUCCUCAUGACAUCCUGCUACUGGGAGACAUGAUGGGAUUCGGUGCCGAGGCUAAGAAGGCAGUUGAGAAUGCUAGAAGAUUCUUGAAUGUGAGUGCGGGGUUGAAGCUGCAGAGCUUCGCACCGAGGGAGCUCUGA